AUGGCAGCGAAGGUGUACUGGGUGGCCCCUCUGCUGGGCGGGACGACGGCCGGCCUCAUCUACGAGUACAUCUUCAACCCGCACCGCCUCCCCCGCUCGCGCAAGGACUCCAUCGACGGAGACUCGUCAAGUGUUGGCAGUGACGAAGACGCGUACGACGAGUGUUCCAAGCCGCCACCAAGGUACAAUUACAAUGCGCUCCGAGCCCAGCACUAUGACCAGUACAGGCCCGCCAACACUUCAAACACUACCUCUCCAUUAGGCUACCCAGUCAGCAUGUAUGGACACUCUGGAACACCAUCUGUUUACAACGCAUCAACUUACAAGUAUGAUAGUGGUUUUGGCACCAACAAGGAAGAGAUUUACUCUGGCUCCAAGAGCAUGUAUGCCAAGUCUCCUCCUCUGCCACGUUCCUCGUCCCUCAAUCGCUCCCAGUCUGUCUACACCAAGCCACCACCUCCACGCAUGGAUAACUACUCAAGGAACCUUGCUCAGUCUCAGAACUUGUGCCCGAAGUCUCCUGCAACCUUCACAGCUCUGUCCCACAGUGAGAGCAUGUACAAGAAUAACCCACGCCAGGACUCCCUUUACAUCACCAGCAAGUCUGGCAUUGUGAAACCUGAGCCUGUGUACGGGACGGCCGCAUACAACAAACAACAUGACUCCGGCGACUCCAACUACUCAACCUACCGCGGCUCUACGGGCUAC